AAAAAAAUUAAAUUAUGUUUUAAUGUUUUUUGUUUAACAAUGUUUUUUUUAUAUUGAACUCAUGUGCUCUCUUUUUUUUAAUCUUACUUAUGUGAAAGAGAGGAGAAAAAAAAAAAAAGAGAAGAAAAUUGAAGAAUGUGUGUGGAUCGAAGUUAAACAAAAGCCAUUUGUAAAUACUUUUAUGAUACGUUAGGCAAUGAAACAUUCUGACAUUCAUUAUUAUAGUAGGUUGGAAAAAGAUUAGAUUAUUCGUUUUUUUUUCAAAGUUGAAGGGCUUUAGUUUGAAUGACAGAUCUGAGACUAGUAGCUCAGUUUAACUUUGAAGGUGGGUUUUUAAUUACUAUUGUAAAAUAUAUCACAGUUACAUCUUCUAUUCACAUUAAAAAACACACACACCCACACAAAUACACACAUUCAAAAUAUGAGAAAAUUUAUGAUCAAAAAUAAAAUUAGAGUGAAUUUUCAUUUUUACAGAUUUGGAUACGAAAUUAGUAUGAGAUUAUAAAGACUAGAAAAUAUUUUUUAAUAUUUAUUUAAUUUUUCUAAAAAUAAAUUUUCAUGUUUUUUUGUUUUCUAGUUAUAAACUUCAUUUUUUUUCUGUUUCAAAUAUUUCAACUAUGUAAUAGAUAAUCAGAUUGUACUAAUAUUAUUGUUUUUUAAUUGACGUUUCAACGAUAUUCAUCAUACUUUAUUUUUGUUUCUUAGAGCUAUGCCUACCCACAUAUUCAUGUAUAUAUAUAUAUAUAUGUAUGUGUGUGUGUUAGAUUGAACAAUUUUCUAUUCAUUCGUUUUUGUUUUUUUUAUAGUAAAAUAACACAACAUACACAUCUAUACGAUUCAAAGAAAAUUUAGAUCAUGCAUAACGAAGAUUGUAACAAAAAGAAAAAUGAAAUACAAUGUAUAUAAAACUCCUCGUUUUGUGUACAUUUCGUUUCACACAUCCAAGAUGAACUCAACAAUAAAGAAAAAUAAAAAAGAAAAAAGUAGAAGAAAAAAGAGUGAACAACUAUGUUUUACGUUUAGAGAGAGAGACAGAGAGAGAGAAACGAGAGCAGAUGAGUUCAAUAUACAAAAAACAUUCUUAAACUCAUCACAUUCAAACAUUAUUUCAUUUUUUUUUUAAAAAGAGAUAAAGAAGACAUACAAACAGUAUCAUAAAGUUUCAUUUUAUUUUUUUGAAAAUGUUUUAGGUGUAUAAUUUGUAUUUUUUUUUGUCUUCCUUCAUAAACAUAAUUGGUGAAUAAAAGAAAAAAUAAAGCAAAUAAUAAUAAUCAAACAUAAACAAGAAUAUUAUUCUUAUGUUUAAAACAAAUACAACUUCAUAUGACAUUUCUAAAUUACGAUACAAAUAUUGUGCAGGUAAAGUGAGAUUAGUUAUAGAACGAACAUGAAAAAAAAUAAAUGUUCUAAGAAGAGAGGAUUAAAAACAAUCUUGUUUUCGUCUUGUUGAACUAUCAUUAGUUAUUGUGUCAUUUGAUUACUGAACUUUUAACAUAUUAUAAGAUAUUUUUAGAAAAAAAACAAACAAAUACAAUUUUUUUAUAGAUUCCCAUCAUUGUAUUUGAUUAAUAGAGUAUAGUUUAAUUUGUCGGAUGACAUCGAAGUCUUUUUUUAUAUAUUGUUAUGCACGACAAGACGCUUUUUCUUUUUCUCAUGGAAAACAGUAGGAAAGUGUGUUUUAAAAUAGAGUAUAUAUAUAUAGAGAUUAUUUAGAAAGUUUGUCUUAUGUUAUCUUGUUCAUUGAUUCUUUUAACAAUGAAUAACACAAUGAAUUUAUUCUACAUUCUCAUUGAAUUAAUUUUAUACUUCAUUUUAGGUCAUGAAUAUCCAUCAGCAAUUAAAUUAAAACAUCUUAAAUCAACAUCAUUUGAAGAUGAUUAUUCGAGUCAUGCACAUAAUGAUAAACUCGUUAGUAAUAAUGAAAAAUCAUUAAUAAAUAGUAGUACAUCAACAACAAUGUCACAAAGUAAUAUUUUAUUAGCACAUAAUUUUGAAUUACGAAAACGUGAUAUGAUAGAUAGUCAGACUAAAAAACAUCGAUUUUUUCCAAAACGAAAAACUCAAACAAAAGAAUUAUAUCCCAAACAACAAUUUAUCGAUGAUUAUUUAUUAUCAACAACAACAUCGACCAUAAAACAUUCAUUAUUUGGUCAAUCAUUAGAACAACUUGUCUCACUGAAUAACAACGAAUUACCAACAAUUAUCUUGCAUUUAUUAGAACUCUUGUAUAAUAAAGGACCGGAUACAACAGGAAUAUUUCGAAAAGUGGCCAAUGCGAGAUCAGUCAAAGAAUGUGUAGAAAAAAUUGAACGAAAUAUUUUGAUUGACGAUGAGGAAUUACAUCCGAUAUUAGCAUCGGGAUUAUUUAAACAUUUUCUGCGUACGUUACCUCAACCAGUGUUUAAUUCGGAUCAAUAUGAUAAUUGGAAAAAAUGUUUACGUUUAACACAACAAGAAAAAAUAUCUUAUGCUAAAAAAUGGUAG